AUGUCAGCAGUGUCAAGAAAUUCACAAUCAAUCAGAAUUAUUCACUACACGAGCGAGGAGACAAGUGAUCGAUUGGUGAUCCGAAGUCUUCUAUCUGUUGUGACACUGGCUCUUGGUAACGUCGAGCGCACCUCGAGUCUGGUGGAUAUUGAGCGGGUGAUUACCUUACGAAACUGGAUCGCUAUGCCUGCGCCGGAUGUUCCGCUGCCAUGGCCAUGGUGCAUGACAAUGGUCCGUAUCACUAGAGCGACAUCGUACGCUUGCAAGUCACAGUUCUAA